UCCAGUGGGAAUAGGGUUCACAAAUACCAGAAGUUCAAGGGCCAAUAAAUGCGAUUUUCAAUAUUAAAAUUACUGCGAAAGCAAGCUAACUGAUGACACUGCAUCACUGGAUUCAAGCUGGUCCUCAUGGUCAUGGAUUCCCAUACUCUUUCCCCAUUUUUCUAAUGUUUCUCUCUCACACUCACCCACGUGCUCUUCCUUAUAAGUUGCCGUUUCACUCCACACCCAUUCUCUAGAUCAGCUUGCUACUUAGAUUCCCAUUUCGAUUUCUGAAAUGCUUUGAUUCUGAUACUGACUCGCACGCCGUUUCAUCACUGGUCAAUUCGUCGAUAUGGACAAGUACGAGACCGUGAAGGAUUUGGGGGCUGGCAACUUUGGGGUGGCCAGGCUCAUGAGGAACAAGGAAACCAAGGAACUCGUCGCCAUGAAAUACAUCGAGCGUGGCCACAAGAUUGACGAGAAUGUCGCAAGAGAGAUUAUAAACCACAGGUCCCUGCGACACCCCAAUAUAAUCCGCUUUAAGGAGGUGGUUUUGACCCCCACCCAUUUGGCUAUAGUGAUGGAGUAUGCAGCUGGAGGGGAGCUCUUUGAAAGGAUCUGUACUGCUGGCAGGUUCAGUGAAGAUGAGGCUAGAUAUUUCUUUCAGCAGCUGAUCUCUGGUGUGAGUUUCUGUCAUGCCAUGCAAAUAUGCCACAGAGAUUUGAAGCUGGAAAAUACUCUUCUAGAUGGAAGCCCUGCACCUCGCUUGAAGAUUUGUGACUUUGGUUAUUCCAAGUCAUCUUUGCUGCAUUCACGACCCAAAUCAACUGUUGGAACUCCUGCUUAUAUAGCACCUGAAGUCCUUUCCAGGAGGGAGUAUGAUGGCAAGUUGGCUGAUGUAUGGUCAUGUGGGGUGACUCUCUAUGUCAUGUUGGUUGGAGCAUAUCCAUUUGAGGACCAUGCAGACCCCAGGAAUUUCAGAAAAACAAUUCAGCGCAUAAUGGCUGUCCAAUACAAAAUCCCUGAUUACGUCCACAUAUCUCAAGAUUGCAGACACCUCCUUUCUCGUAUAUUUGUUGCAAAUCCAUUGAAGAGAAUAACUCUCAUGGAGAUCAAGAACCACCCAUGGUUUUUAAAGAACCUUCCAAGGGAGCUGACUGAAUCGGCUCAAGCUAUCUAUUAUCAGAGAGACAAUCCAAGCUUUUCUGUUCAAAGUGUGGAGGGGAUAAUGAAAAUUGUGGGAGAAGCUAGAAACCCACCUCCAGUGUCUAGACCUAUUAAAGGUUUUGGCUGGGAAGGUGAAGAAGGUGAAGGAGAUGAUGAGGAAGCUGAGGUGGAGGAAGAGGAGGAUGAAGAAGAUGAAUAUGACAAAAGGGUCAAAGAGGCUCAUGCCAGUGGAGAAUUUCAAGUCAGUUAAGCAGUAUGACUCUUGUUUACUUGUUGAUUUUUUUCUUUAAAACAAAAAAAAUUAGUCACCUAUUAUUGUGUAACAUAAUUAAUGACUGCUAUCAACUGGCGAGGUUUCUAACUUUAUAGUCUUGUUCAUAUGUUGUGCUCCUUGUAUCAUCAAGAACUCCAUGUAUGCGAACAAUAGUUGUCUGAUUACAUCCUAGAUUACUCAAUCCCUUUUUUAA